AUGUUUCGUGCAGCCGCGGCCGGUCCGUUCGACGAGGUCGUCGCUAAGGCGACCGACGAGAACUUGACAUCGGAGGACUGGGGAGCUAUCAUCACCGUCUGUGAUCAGGUAUCCGCCGACACAAAUGGCCCCAAAGAAGCCGUACAGAGCAUAAUCAAGCGCCUUGCCCACCGAAAUGCGAACGUCCAGCUUUAUACUCUAGAGCUUGCGAAUGCACUCAGCCAGAACUGUGGCAAGGCCAUUCACCGAGAACUUUCGAGUCGUGCCUUUACGGAUGCAUUACUGAAACUCGCAAACGACCGGAACACGCAUAACCAGGUGAAGGUGAAGAUCCUUGAGCGUAUGAAGGAAUGGUCCGACAUGUUCAAGAAUGAUCCAGACCUCGGCAUCAUCCCCCUCUGCCCCACAGAAGAACAACCUGACCGAUCUCGACCGUCAAAAGAGGAGGAUGAGCUCCAAAUGGCCCUCACGCUUUCGUUGCAGGAGGAGGAGCGCAAGAAGAAGGUGGCCGACUCAUCCUCUGCUGGGGCUUCUUCCUCAGCGGCAGGCGGCUCUGCCGCUGGGCCCGCCCAAGAGAUCAAGCCCGUACCCUCGGGCACGACGGCCGCCACCGUUUCUCGCGUUCGAUUGGUGGCGCGGAUCGCUCCGAGGCAAAACCGGCAUCUUCCCCUCAACUACGUAGAGAAGCUCACGGAUCCCACGGCCGACGAGCUUCAUCGCGAGGCACAGAUGGAGGCCGAGGUGUUUGCGGAGAUUAAGAACGUGGAGAAAUUGUUGACACUGUUGAGCGCUUCCAAUACUUCGCCGCGCGAAGAAGACAACGACGAAAUUGCUAAACUCUACCAUCAAACGACGGCAAUUCGCCCAAAACUCAUCCGUCUUAUCGAAAAGUACUCUCAAAAGAAGGACGACUUCACGCAGCUCAACGAAAAGUUCAUCAAAGCUCGCCGGGACUACGAGGCUCUGUUGGAGUCCUCGAUGGCUCACCCUCCUCAGCCAUCCUAUCGCCAGUACAUGCCGCCCGGGCCGUCCCAGCAGGGUUACCCGUCGCAGGGCCCACCCGGCGGGGCGCCUCACGAUGCUCAGAGAUUCUACACGCCCGGUCCGCAGGCCCUCCACCCGCCACUUUCCAGCGGCCUAACCAGGCGACGGCCCCACCCUUCUACCCUGCCGGCGCCGAUAUCCCACCCAUCGCACAACACCAGACGUAUCCCCUCCGACCAGGGCCCUCGAGCGGCGCGCCACCCGGGCAGCCCGGCCCGAUCAACACGUCCUCACCUCCCCAGCGGGCCAAUAUACAGCUUACUCCGCAAACCCAAGACCGGGGAGCACCUAUGGUGCGCAGGAGCUCGCUACCUCAGUGUACGAUACGCCUAUCUCCCCACGCACCAGAACCCGCUCAAUCCCGCCGCUCCUUACUCGCCCGAUGACCCGUACAACACGCCCAACCACGGGCCCCUCUCCCAGCCGACCCCACCCGCAAAUGCUCCACCAUCACAGGCUCAGUACCAAAGCUACAACCCUCCCCAAGGAUACGACGGGGCACCUCCGGCUCCUUCCGGGGCGGCACCCCCAUACCCCAAGGGCAGCAAGGAGCGGCUCCCGGACGACCUGAAAAUGCCGUUUCGCCUCCACCUGGGGGUGCAUACGACGCGCGCCACGGGCUACCCAGCCAAAUGA